AUGUAUAAAUAUUUUUUAAUAACUUUAGUUAGAUCAUUAUUUAUUAAUGAAUUAAUAGCUAUAAAAUGUAAUAUUGGUACAGAAACUAAUAUUGCUGGUGAUGAUGAUAAUAGAGGAGAUAUAGCAAAUUGUGUUAACUGUAGAGCUAAUUAUUAUUAUAAUGGUGAUAAUUUUAUUCCUGGUGUUAGUUAAUGUGAAAAAUGUCCAAUUUCUAAAAAGGUUGGUGCUAGACCUAAUGCAGGUGGUAAUGCUAGAUUAGUUCUUUAAUGUGAUAUUAAUUGUCCUACUGGUACUUAAACUGAACAAGGAAAUACUACAUAUGUAGCAUAAAGAGAAGAAUAUAAUUUUUGUAAAGUUAACCAUUAUUACCAGACUAAAGGAUUGUUUUUCUAACCAGGUGUUGACUCAUGCAAUAAAUGUUCAGUAUAAAAAACUUCUGAUUCUGAAGCAACUUUAGGUAGAAAUGCAUCACUAGCCAAAUAAUGUGACGUUUCUUGCCCUACCGGAACAUCAACUAAAACUGGAUCAACUAGUUAUGUAUCAUAUAAAUAUGAAUGUGUUAAUUGCAAGGCUAACUUUUAUUAUAAUUCAUUUGGCUUUUAGCCAGGUGAAAGUUCAUGCGAACCAUGUCAAAAUAAAAAAAAAAUUGGUGCUAAAGAAACUGAAGGUUUAAAUGCUAAAAUUGAUAUAUAAUGCGACGCUGAAUGUCCUACUGGUACUGUAGUUUACGAUGGAGAUGCAACUUAUAAAAGUGACAAAUCUGAUUGUGUUAAAUGUGCUCCUUAUUAUUAUACUACAAAGUAAAAAGAUUGGGUAGCAGGUAUUGAUGCAUGUAUUCCUUGUCCUAAAAUAGAAAAUAAAGGUAGUAAAGCUAAUUAUCCUUAAUUUGCAACUCAAUCUACCUAAUGCAAUGGUGCUUUCUCUUAAUUUUUUACAUUUUCAUUAUUAUUUAUUUAUUUAUAUAUUUUGUUAUGA